GUCCCAAAUUUCGCUUCCUCAACUAUAAAGCGAGCAAAGGAGGGAAGAAAAAGGGCUGGGAACGCAGCCUCGCCAGAAAGCGGGAUAGGGGGAAACUACACUUCCCAUGACCCUUCAACAGCGCAUGCGUGGCGCGGUCUUGCCAAGCGCGCCUCCGGGAGGAGAAACUCGAAGCGCCGCGGACAGCAGCGGGUUGCUCCUGAUCGGGGCUCGCUUUGCAUUGGGCGAGGCGGCGGCGGCGGCGGUUGGCGCCGUUCAUUACUCUUCUUCUGGCGACCUCGGCGGCGGCGGAGGAUGGAAGAGCGGCGAAGAGGAGGAGGAGGAGGAGGAAGGCACGGCAGACGGAGCAGCGCGGACCCCUCUCUCGGUUUGAGAGAAACCAAAUGAAGAUAAGAUUUCAAGAUUGUGGAAUGUAUGAUAAAGAGUGAGAAUGACCAAACUAAAGACUGCUUGAAACCAUCAGCAGCAAACGGAGGAGCAGUUUUGCAGGCACAUGUUGUGCAUUUGGAAUGUUUCCUGUUGGUAGCAUCAAGAGGGAGAGGCCAUCCAGAGCCUCAACAGGUGCAGUGUAAGACAUACCAGCCAUCAUAGCUUUUGACAUGAAGAAAGAUAUAGAUGCUUUAAUAGCAGAAGAAAGGGCAGAAAUCAUUGCUAAGUAUGAGAAGGGAAGGCAAGAUGGAACUCAGAUUGAUCCAUGGGAAGAUGCUGACUUUGCUCUUUACAAAGUUACAGACAGAUUUGGGUUUUUGCAUGAGCAUGAGUUACCAAUUCAUAGUGCUCUGGAAGAAAAGCAAAAAGCUCAGGAGAUUGAAAGAGUGGACAAAUGGCUGAAGAUGUUAAGAAAGUGGGGAAAAUACAGAAACAGUGAAAAGAUGUUCCGCAGAGUUUAUAAAGGGAUUCCCCUCCAAGUACGAGGUCAAGUCUGGUCACUCUUACUGGAUAUUGAAAAGAUUAAGAUGGAGAAUGAAGGGAAGUAUGAGAAAAUGAAAGAACAAGCCAGAAGCUUCUCAUCAGAAAUCAAACAAAUAGAUCUGGAUGUCAAUCGCACUUUUCGAAACCACAUCAUGUUUCGGGACCGCUAUGGAGUAAAACAGCAAGCUUUGUUCCAUGUCCUGUCAGCUUACUCUGUUUACAACACGGAAGUGAGUUACUGCCAGGGCAUGAGUCAGAUUGCAGCUAUCUUGUUGAUGUAUUUGAAUGAAGAGGAUGCCUUUUGGGCCCUGGCACAACUGCUUACCAACCAGCGGCAUGCAAUGCAUGGAUUUUUCAUUCCUGGGUUUCCAAAGUUGCAGAGAUUCCAAGCUCACCACGAAGCAAUCCUAAACAAGCUUUUCCCAAAGUUGAAGAAACACUUGGAUAAGGAGCAGAUGUUGACAGGAAUUUAUACAACUAAGUGGUUCUUACAGUGCUUCAUUGACCGGACUCCGUUUACGCUAACUCUGCGGCUGUGGGAUAUUUACAUCCUGGAAGGAGAGCGGGUUCUUACAGCUAUGGCAUACACCAUUCUCAAACUGCAUAAAAAACGCUUGUUGAAAAUGAGCCUCGAAGAUCUGCGGGAAUUUCUGCAAGAAAAAAUUGCUGCUUCUCUGCAGUUUGAAGAUGAUAUUGUAAUUGAGCAUUUACAAGCAUCCAUGGCAGAACUGCGUAAAAUGAAAUUUGAUCUUCCACCUCCAGCAAAAUCUGAAGAAUUCCCAAAAACACCCCUGGGGAUGGAACUUUCUCUAAAUCUACUCUCAAUGAAAUCCAGCAUAGCCAAUAAUGGUCAGAAAACGGUCGUCAGUGACUUCAACAAUGAUAAAGAUGUCAUAAUACAAUCUUCUCCAGAUAAAAAUCCUCAUUGCCUGAAUGAAGGAAUUGAUAACUCAAAUAUGGCAAUACAGGAAAGAGCUUCUCCAGAGCACAAUGGAACAGCCUUGCAGAACAAACUGGCGGAUAUGCAUAACAAUCCUUUCCAAAGACUUCCACCAAAUGAAAUCUUUGAAACUGAGGAGUACCAAAGGGAAGAAAGUGCUGAUAAAAUAUCUUCAGUGGAGAAUCCUAUAAUACUUGAUAACAUUCAGACAGUGGUGGGAGAUCAACAUGUGGCUUCAGACAGUGGGAAGGAUAAUUCAUUAAAAAGCAGUAACUCUGAGAAGUGCAGCUUACAGGAAAACAAACACAUUCCUUUAGAUGACAGGGACCACAUUAUUCCCCCUGUGCUACAAGCUCAGACAACAAACAAUUCUGCCUGGGAGUCCGACUUGCAGGGUCAGCCCUUGGAAGCUGACCUGUCUAUCAGCCACGACAGUACAACUUCGUUAACAAGAUCGGAGUCACUGCAUCACUUGGACUCAGCACCCUCUGUGCAAAAUGCAGCUGCUCUUGAGCAAGAGAGCACAACCUGCUCCUCUGAAGAUUUAGCAUCUGAAGGUGCUGCCUUGCUUAAAGAUGAUUUACAGCAUCCCCCAUGUAUAGAGGCAUCUUCUGCAGCAGGACACGGCCUCUUUAUACCGCACGGCGUGCCAGGAAAUCUAGUAGUGCCAUGUAGAGAGAGGACAGCUGCUGCUCUCUCUCCUCCCUUCCAAGAUGGCCAGCGACGGCCUUCUAACGUAUCUCAGUAUGAUAACCUGUCUGAAAAUGAAGAGGAAGAAAAACAGGUGCCCGCUUCUAAGAAAUUGGCAGAUUCAAUACCACAAACUGAACUCUGCACACCAGUAUUAAAGUCUUCUAUACCCAAGUCUGCCUCACUUGGGGAGAUAGACAAUCUCCAAAGGCAAACCCAAGAAGUGACAGAUUUGGCAGAACUGCCAAAAAUUGAUGGCCAGCUCACCUCAUUCCCCAUGCUGCCACAUUCCAAACGAUUGUCUGGGGGAGGCAGCGUGCCGGUCCUUUCUGAGCCUGGCUGUGAUGCCCUCUUGCUGCCUGGAAGCCUCCAAGCCCGGCCUACUUCGUCUCCUGUGUUGCAGGAUCAGCACAGCCCCUUCAGAAUUAUUAAAACCACCACCCCUCUUCAUUUGGCUUACGCCACGGAGCAAGACUGCUUGAGCAAAAAGCAGGUGGCUCUCCCUUUGCCAGAAACCAGCCACUGUCAUACAGCAGAUGGCAAAAAAUACAACCUUGUCCCUGGGGAAGCUGAGGUAGCCGGUGAUUGUGUUCAGAAGUUGAAAAAUGUUCCAGGUGGUUCACCUGCAUUUCAGAAACCAAAAGUACCACCCAAGAUUUUCAAAGCACAUUCAGAGAAUACGUUCUCUUCAAGCUGUUCCCCCAUGGGGCAAAUGUCUAAAUCAGUCACAUUCUAGAAUUACCGAGAAAGCGGAAAUUUGGGUCACAUAAUGGUUUCCAUAAGAGUUUGGAAAGGAAGGCAGAGCCUGAAGCAAAAUUAGGAAGGUGAUCACUUCAUUCAUCAAAAUGUAUUCAGGAAUUCAGGUUAAAGUUCACAGGCCAGGCUAGGCUGGCAGCUAAAGGCUGCAGAGAGCUUCUGACAAGAUUUGGGUUGUUUUCCAAAGUAUUUGAAUUAUAUGUCUCAUUAUUUCCUCGCUAGGUAAACAUUUUUAACAGAUUUAACUUUCUAAAAACAUCAGUGUUUCCAAACCCUUGUAGCUGACAAAUGAAAGACAUAAUUCAGAAGAGCAGCGAGUCCAAAUGGAGUUACUUUAGGAAGAAGAAACCAGUCAGUUCCAAAUUUGGGCCAGUAAUACUCUCCCCCACCCCCCCAGUAGCAAUAGUAAUGUUGUUUUUGUUUCAAUUUAGUACUGUAGCUAAUAUACUAUUACAUAUGAGCCUGUGCAUACUGUAUAUGCCAGGGAAGUUAAUUUUCAUAGCAUCUAUGCAUAUCAAGCACACAUCAUAUGUGUGUCCUUUCACUGAAAUCAGACAAUUUGACAUGCCUUUUUAAAGCUUUGGUUCCUCUCGUUCCACCAUACCUCCUUGUGUACAGUGAUGACAUUUAUUAAAGAGGAAGGAGAUCUCCAGCACUCCGUUCAGUUGAACUUUUCAAUAUGUUACAGACACGUGUAGCUUCAGAGAGAAUCCAGAUAGUGAGGUAGAUGGUUUGCAAUAUGCUAUCCGGUGUUUUAAGUUUGCUCAAUUCUCAACUUGUUUAUGAGCAUGGAUCCUCUAAGGUAGGGGUCUCCAACCUUGGCAACUUUAAGACUUGUGGACUUCAAUCCCGGAAUUCAGCUUUGCUGGCUGAGGAAUUCUGGGAGUUGAAGUCCACAAGUCUUAAAGUUGCCAAGGUAGGAGACCCCUGCUCUAAGGAUCCAUAACAGGAAGUAUUAGUUUGGAAUGCAAGAAGUGUUCUGAUUGCACUACAAUGCAACUUUCACAUCCUAAGGAAGUUGUGACAUUUUACUUGCCCUCAUGCCAUUGCCAUCCCUUUGGAAAUACUCUUUUACUUUAGGUGAGUAUUGUGUUGAUUAAUAAACAGUUCUUGCCCUGAUAUUAGAAGAAGAAAAAUAUUGGUAGCUAAGACAGUUCCUCAAAGUGGUCUUUGAUCAAGUUUAUAACUUUCCUAGCUGCUACACAGUUGUGAAAGUAAUACAUCUCCGUUUCUCCAGGAUGCAGUUCCAAAUGGAACUACAUCCUGGAGAAACGGAGAUGCAUUAUUUUCACAAGGGUAAAGAUUCAAAGCUUUUAUUUGACCUAAUCCAGUUGAGAUUUUCCUCAGAGCAUGCAAAAUUCAUGGCUGCAUUGGUAGCCGUUAAAUUUAACAGAAGCAAAAGAUGGGAUUCUCUUUGUUUUUGUUUUUUUCCCUUUGAUGAGAAAUAUUUUGUACUCCGGGUUUUCAGUUUUCCUAUAAUUAUGCUUCCUUUUGUUUUUAAUAAGGUGUGAUAACACAUUCAGACUAUUGUAAUUCUGCAGUGCAUGCUUUUUUUUUUUUUUUUUUUACAUCAGUUACGUUUUGCAGCAUUGGAUGCACAUUAAAUACCUUCAUGCCUUAAAUCUGUGACGCACGUUUCCCACUGCAAGAAUAACUAAUGGACAAUUCAAGGAAUUCUAAUAAGCAAAGUGUAGUGUUACUUUAAGAUGCCAAGAAAGGGAGCCUAGUGUUUAUUGUAAAGAGAGGUGGCAAUUCCAUGCCCAUCCAGAUUCUGGGCUCCAAUUUGCAUGUCCUUAGGUUUCGGAUGAUGGGAAAUGUACUUCAAGAACAUGUAAAGAGUACAAUGUUAUCUAGGGGAAGGAGCAGACCUUCCUCCAUUUGAGCUUGGACAAUUGAAUAUUUUUAAUUUAUGCAUAUAUUUUAUCUUGUGUUCUGCCCUAUACCUACCCAGGCAGCACCAGACUAGAAAAUGUUCUUUGCUGAGGUUAUUUUUUCUUUUUGGUUUUUUAGUUGUUGCUUUUUUUUUUUUAGCUUAGCUGAUGUCCAAGUUAAAGAAAUGUUGGUCUAGAUUUCCCAACGGGCUCAAAUGUCGCACUCGUAACCUGAUGCCCAAUUUCUGGAACAGGAUGAGGUUUAGAAUUGCAGAAAGGGCAAGUUGCAUUCCUCUGUGUAGAAGACACCCGAGUGUCUUCUUUUAAAGCAGCAACGCCCAUUUGGUUGGGCCUUUUCCCUUAUGCUGUUCUGUGUCUGUCUGUCUGUUGCAGAAGGAGAGGAGAUGCACCUCAGUACUUCAAAUCUGGCAAUCGAGCAAUUCACUUCUGUCACCCUUUGCUUGCCAGCUGCCUUGGUGGCCUCUCACUUUUGUCCGUAAGCAAAUUUUAUACCAGAGAAACACAGGAAGGUAGCUUUGCAUUCUGGACCUUUUUCACUUGCUCCCAAAUAGAAACUGAUUACCUUUUUCAGCCCCAGACUGGUGGAGAUUCACUUUUAAGGGCCUUCUUAUGGCCCUUCAGUUGCUAUAGUCUCCUAAUUUUCUUCCCACAGACAUAGGAGAAGGACAUUGGCGCCACUCCCCACUGUACUUGAGCAAGACUGUUGCUGAAUUGUGGGGCCAGGGGCAAAGCUUGUGUCUCCAGUAGAGAGGCAUCUGAUAGGAAAUUGUGCUGUUUAAAAAACAAAACUGCCCAUCACCAUCCAUAUCACAGGCCUUAUUCAACAUAUAGCUGCAAUGUUAACACACUUCCCAUUCUGCAUAGUUGCCUUAGUACUGGCUGACUCAUUGGCUAAUUAGAGCUAUAUUUUCCCAAGUACAAAAAGGAGUAUUUAAUGGUCAGAAAAAUCAGCUCUUCUCCAAAUGCUAUUUCAUAGGAAAAUAUUGAUGUCCUUCAGAACACAAAAACAAAAGCUUCCACAUAUUUCUGGCUGGAUGUCUUUUGUUUUUGAGGAGGGGUUUUUUGUUUGUUUUUGUUUGCAAAAGAGACCAAAGACUUGAAACUCCAGGGCGAAGCACCCUACUAAAAUGUUGAACUGUAGCUGAAAGAGAUCCAGAAGCUCCUAUUCUUUGAAAGCAUGGACUAUGACCGGAAGACAAAUAAUCUGCUUAUGUACCUCCAAAAGAUAAAGCAUUUUUUGAUUGAGUAGUCUCUUUGAAGCCAAUCCAGAUGCCAAAACAAUUUACCCACAAAAUUUAAUUUCAUCAGCAUGUCUUUUAAGUGGAAUGAAGUCCAAGAAAGGAACAUCCUUAUUCUCAAGGCAAUAAUGUAUCCUCUUUAAUAUUAGGGAAGACAAUACUUUGAAUCCAGAGAACAACACACAUAAUACACAAACCUAUUUGGCCAUGCAGAGGUUAAUCUUGUGUAAUGGUAUUAAUCUUGUGUAAAGUUACAGAAGAAAAUUUGUUUCCUAAAUGAAAGUAGUUACUGCCUAGAGGGUGAGACAGGUUACUCAUCCAUGUGCAUAUUAUUUAAAAUUGUACCUGUCUUAUUUAUGUUAGCAAUUCAAAUAUAGCUUUACAUGUAGGCAUGUAUCACGCUGCAUACUGUAUUAUGAAAAGAUAUUCAUAUGAUUACAGUUGAGCAGAUGUUUAAAAUCUGAAUAAACUAUAGUUUUAGAUGUGCUUUAA